ACCCAGAGCGGAGAUCCGUGCCUGCUUUUCUAACCUCCUCUCAGCGAGACGACGUCGACCAGCUCUCUGCCGGCCGAGCCCGAAGGUUGCGUCUGGCGGAGGGGGAGAGCGAGCGAGGUGAGCGGGGCUACCCUGGCUGGCUUGACAGAAGGAAGAGGGAUUGACAUUGUUUUCUCGGGUGUUGUUUGCGCCGCGCCAGGGAGAGAGGCGGUGCAACGGCGGAGGAAGAAGCGAGCGACGUGGCCCCCAGUGCGCCUGUCAUGUCCGUGUGGGAGCCAACUUGCCAGCAGCGGUCUAAUUUUGCCGAGGAGGGAAACGCAUACUGGCUGGAGAGGAGUAUUAUUAGCAGUUCUCUCUGGUCAUGCACCGCCAACUGCUAUACCCAAGUGGGCAGGUCAAGAGUAAAACGGUAGAUUCGUAGGACCAAUUGUGCAUCAAGUUCAACAGCAAACCCUGGCUCCCAUGCUGGCUGUCACAAAUCCCCCACUCCAUACCCUCAGCCAUGCCUGCAACCACCAAAUCCACCAGGAGAAAGACUGGCCAGAGAGCAGUGAGCAGCAAAAGACAAACCGGCAAAUCAAAUAAGGCCGGAGGGAGAGCUUCAGAGCGUCUCCAGACCAGGUCGACCUCCAAGACUCAGUCAGGCCGAAGACCUCGGGGAAGACCCAGUAGUCGGGUCUUAGGUGGAAGAAGUGUGUCGCCUGCUCGGGUUAACCCUGCCCUCGAUGUAACAGGAUCUGUAAGGCUUAGGCGCUUGAGCAAUGUGCCUAACCACAUUGGCGAGUUCGAAGACCCCCUAUGGCGCAGGAAGUCCCCACGGGGUGUACGGGUGUCAGCUGAUUCCUGCUUGCCUCCCAAACCAUGCAGAGGUGCAAAAAAGACCAGGGGAGGUCGAGGAAGAGGAGCCGCAUCACAUCGCAGAAACCAGUUGAUCACCAGCAUAGACGAAACAACUACUGAUGUCCAGAAACCAGAACCGUGUAUUGAUGAAGAACAUCUUCCAGUUUCUCUGAAAACUGAUUUUCAGGUCCCUGCCAAUAAAAGUGCUAAAGAGGGAAGCCCCCUUAAAGCGGAUUCUCCACCGUGUAAUGACACCCUGGAGGACUGUGUGCCGUGCGGCUGUGACAGCAAAAUAGCCGAGCAAGACCACCAGACAAGCAUUGAAGGUGAUGAAGAUGAAGGUAACCUUCAACUGGAACCAAGCAAAGAUAGCUCCACUGAGCUAGGUGCUACCAGGGUUGACUCCCCUGCUUUGCAAGGACCGGCUCAAAAGCACGACCUUCUCAAAAAUGAUAUUUUGGACUUGGGAGGGAAUAGGACUGAAACCGCCGAGAAAAAGGAGGAGAUACAUCUUGAGGAAGUUGCUGAGAAAACGCCUCCAAGAUCUGAUGAAGCUGAGCAAGUGACGGAGGACAUCGCAGAUGUGCCGGCUAAUGAUGUUAGUGAUGUUCUGACCAAUACAGCUGCAUCCCACCUAAGCACCCCAGCCUCACAACCUCUGGAAUCACCACAGUCCACUGAAGGACCACAGGAACAGUCGCAAGAUAUGGUGCUAACUGUCCCAAACACAGCUACCUCAAAUUCCACCAAAAUCCCCUGCGCCUCAGUGGACCUUCAGAGGCAGAGUGAGACAGAAGUGCAAACUACCAUUCAUGGUGCUAGGCCUCCAGUCCCAAUAACUUCUGCUGUCCCAGAGACCUCCAAGGUGACCAAUCAAGUGCGAAGUACACCUGUUAUUAUCUGUAGUGGGUACCUUAAAUCAAGGAGCUUCUGGGAACCGCAGCAAAGUCCUCCCCAAGCAAAGACGCACACCAAAGAUAGGCAGCCUUUUCCAGAACCAUUAGAGGUGGAGACAUCUUUGCCAUCAUCAAGCAUAUCUGAGUGUGACCCGGCGCCCGAGCUAGAACCACCGCCAAAGAUCUCGACACCCUCUCUGGACGGCAGUUCAGUGUUGUCCUACAGCUCAGAGAGCACACGUUCCUCCUUCUCCUUCGACACAGAAUCCGAGCUUGGCUACGGAGACUCCUCGGUUCUGUCGGGACCCUGCGGGCCUGAGGGCGGGCACCUGCCCUCCUGGCGCAAGGAACAACGGAAGGAGCGGAGAAAGCGUAGCAGGUGCGGGAGGUGCGAGCCGUGCCUGAUGAAGAUCAGUUGCGGCCGGUGCAGCUGCUGCUUAAACCGCAGGACCGGUCACCAGAUCUGUAAGAUGAGGAAGUGCGUUGAACUGAAGAGGAGAAGGCCGUCAAGUCCACUCGCGCUCCCUGUUGCCCAGGUGGUUGCAGAAAGUGGGUCGUUCAAUGGCAAGGGGAAGGCGCCGAUGGAUGACACCCACACUGCCGCAGAGGAGGACGAGGAGGGGGAAGGCCACAUACAACGUACAAAAACUACCCUCAUCACCAACUCGCUCCACCACAAUCCAGCGUCGGACCUCGGUGGACGGCCUGCACUUAUCCAACGAGAGCUCGGGCUGCAGCUGAGCAGCAUUGCACUUCAACAACAUGUACGCCCUUCUGUAAAUUUUCUCAAUGGAUCCCUGGAGAACCAAACCAAACACAAUGGUGCUAAUAUGACUGACAGGUCUCACUUGGACCCCAAGUCUGAGUAUCACAGGGCCAUGAUUGCCUCAGAGCCUCAACGGAGCGUAAUUGCAGCCAUACGUCCUCAGAAUGGAUCUAAGACUUCAACACAUGACACAGUUCCACUGAAAAGAAUCAAACUGGAGGAGCCGUGGGUGCGGGAUGAAGAACCCACCACCACACAGCUUCGUGAGGCGGAUGAGGUCUGUGAAGACCCUCUGUCCACGUUGGCGGCGGUGGUAUGUCUCUCUGUCACACAGAGGAGAGGACUAGAGAAUAAACUCCUCAGCUCACAUUCUUCUUCACUUCGAUGCAUCAAAACGGAGCCAACAGAUCUUCGAUUAAUCAAGAAGGAGUCAAAGGAUUUUAGAAGCGACUUGCUAAGGACUCCCCUGAAUAUCAAGAGUGAACCUCCUUCAAAUGACUUGUUACCAAGCGUGCAGUCUCUGGCAGAGAAGAGGAAUCUUAGUUUUGACCAGGCUAUUGCCAUUGAGGCCUUAACUCAACUGGCAGCUAUACCUCAACACAGCCCAGUGUUCAUUAAAACUGAAAGGAAGUGUGAACUUCCCCCAAGCACGCAAGAAGCCAAACCAUCAGCAACCAUGCGCUACAACAAAGUGUCGGUCAUCAGCUCGCCGAUUCACCAGACAUCCGUAAUACACCCCCCUGUGGCCAGACAAGGGAAUGUCAUCAAGCGUUGCCAGGGCUUAACCGCUAACACAAAACAGGAAAGCGAUGGAGCACCCUGCAGAAGAAUCUACCAAAGCUUUGGAUCUCGUGUGAUCAAGUCAGAAUACAACAAUGUAGGACCCAAUGAAGACCGUGAGCAUCAGUUUUGGGAGAGACAGAAAGUGAGGAGAAACCAAGAUGAGGAGGAGGUGGCGGCUCAACUGGCGGACUUGGCCUUCAUCAUCCAGUCCAGACAGGGCCAGCUGUCAGAGAGUCCUCAUCUGAAGGGGACUCCUGUGUCAGCCAUCAAAUACAACUACAACUCACAGUUAACACCCAGUCAGAAGAAGACGCCCGUAAAGAAAACGAGAACAACUCCUUCAAAGCCCAGGAAGAAAAAGAUUAACGGGGGACCACACGAGGGAAUUGACCGCAGGACCCCCCUUUCAAAACGCUUGGCAAACGGAGAUGCGUCAAACAGAAGCAGAGGAAAGAAGAUCCCUACGCCGGGGAAAUCAGGUCUUCCCCAUAGGAGGAACCUGUUUCUGCCUCAGGCUCAAAUCGACCUGAAGAGGUACAUGGCUGAAGCUCAAGAGAAAGCAAGGCAACUCAUCCACCACACCACCCAGACUCACCACUACAGUCCUCUCACAAAGACCAACGUAGGCCUGGAGAACCCACUAUUGUCUUAUCGUCACCAUCCCCUCCACAUCCAUAAUCCUGCUCCAGGAGGACCACCGCAGGAGUGUGAAAGGCGUUUGUUACCUCAGGUAGCUCAGCCCUUUGGAGGGCUGCAGCACGGUGCUGAUCCCAACGCCAGCCUAGUCGGCGCUGCCCACCUCAGCCAGACUACCUACCCCGAUCUGGCUAACGGCCUCUCGGGGACUCGGCAAUCCCCUCCCCCAAGCCAGCAGAGCUACUACAAGCUGGAGAGGUCGGGACCCGUCACUGUCUUGUCUACGUCUACUGAUGGAGAUGCGGGCCACUCUGCGGAGUCAACUCCAUCCAAGAACAGUGUCAACAGCUUUCUGGAGUCACCCAUGAUGUUUCUGGACACCCCCACAAAGAACCUGCUCAACACACCCUCCAAAAAACUGUCUGAUCUUCCUUCUUGUCAAUGCAUGGACCAAAUCAUUGAAAAAGAGGAAGGCCCUUACUAUACGCACCUUGGAGCAGGACCCAGUGUUCCUGCUGUGAGGGAACUGAUGGAAAACAGAUAUGGCGCCAAAGGAAAUGCAGUGAGGCUGGAAGUUGUUGUUUACACUGGAAAAGAAGGAAAGAGCUCCCAGGGAUGUCCGAUAGCCAAAUGGGUGAUCCGACGAGGCAGCGAGGAAGAGAAGCUGCUGUGUUUAGUCCGGCAGAGGCCAGGGCACCACUGUGACACCGCUGUGUUGGUCAUCCUCAUCCUGGCCUGGGAGGGAAUCCCCCGGCUGGUGGCGGACCACCUCUACCAGGAGCUCACAGAGACCCUCUUUAAAUACGGCUCCCCCACCAGCCGCCGCUGCGCCCUCAACGAAGAUCGUACAUGUGCAUGUCAGGGGUUGGACCCGGAUACCUGCGGAGCGUCAUUUUCUUUUGGCUGCUCGUGGAGUAUGUACUUUAAUGGCUGUAAGUUCGCCCGCAGCAAAGUGCCACGCAAAUUCCGCCUGCUUGGAGACUACCGGGAUGAUGAGGAGAAGAUCGAGAAAAACCUCCAGGGUCUUGCCACUGACCUUGCACCCCUCUAUAAGAGCCUCGCCCCUGAAGCCUUCCAGAACCAGGUGGAACACGAGGAGGAAGGAGACGGCUGCCGGCUGGGCUGGAGGGAGGGACGUCCUUUUUCAGGAGUCACGGCCUGCGUGGACUUCUGUGCGCACGCUCACAAGGACAACCACAACAUGAACAACGGCAGCACUGUGGUUUGCACUUUAACAAAGGAGGACAACCGUGCAGUUCGGAAUAUACCGGAAGAUGAGCAGCUCCACGUUCUUCCACUAUACAAGGUCUCUGACAGGGAUGAGUUUGGCCGUGUUGAAGGACAGUGGGCCAAGAUCCGAACUGGGGCCCUCCAGGUUCUGUCAUCUUUUCCAAGAGAGGUGCGUCUCUUAGCCGAGCCAGUAAAAUCAGCCCGCAAGAUGAGGCAAGAAGCUCGUCUCAAAGCUCAAGCUGAGAAACUGGAGAAAAAGCUUGGGUUGACCCCUCUUACUCCUGCUAAAGUGAAGAGUGAAACCCCAACCAAAGUGCAACACGCCCUUUACAACACUUACAAAGUAUCGCCUCGACCUGCCAGCGUUGGACGGUGCCAGCCCAGCACUUACAGUCAAAGCACCAGCAACUAUCACCAACAGAGGGAGCCAAUGUCCCCCAACCACCACGGCCUGCCGGGUGUCCAGUACGGCCACAAUGGCUCGGUUCUGGCGUAUAAGGCAAUGAAUGACGCAAUGAAUGGGUAUCCUGCAGCACCCGGCGACCAGAGGAGCCCGUUCGGAUCCCCAUCAGAACGUGUAGCUCCGCAUAAUUACCCCUGUACUUUUAAAACUGAGCCCAGCGAGGUGCAAUCUCCUUUGCGGAGACCCUCCCCCAGCGGAAGUGCUCCUCCCCACACCUCCUUCUCCCCUAGACCUACCUCUGAGGGCCUCUUCAGCAGGCUCAACGGACUACACAGGGCGGCGGCGGACGCCGAGCUCUUGAGCCGCGACUUCGCCUCCCUCCCCCAGGAUCCGGAGGAGGUGAAGGAGGAAGAGCUGUGGUCGGACAGCGAGCACAACUUCCUGGACCAUGACAUCGGCGGCGUGGCCGUGGCGCCGUCGCACGGCUCCAUCCUCAUCGAGUGCGCGCGGCGGGAGCUGCACGCCACCACGCCCAUCCUCAAGCCCGACCGCAGCCACCCCACGCGCAUCUCCCUGGUCUUCUACCAGCACAAGUCCCUCAACGAGCCAGGCCACGGGAUGGCCAUGUGGGACGCCAAAAUGGCCAAGCGGGAGCGGGAGAGGGAGGAGGAGGUGGAGCGGUUGAGGAUGGAGGAGGCGGGCAUAGGAGGUGCCCGCAGGGAGCUGGAGGAGCGAGCAGGCGUGGAGGGAGAGGAAGCAUGGAAGAGGAUGAAUGUUCCCACGCGGCAAACGUGGACGCUACCGAGGGACGGCGUCAUCACUGUGUCCCCUUACGCUCUCACACAUGUGACGGGUCCUUACAACAGCUGGACUUAACACACACACACACACACUGUGCUUAUUUAUGCCUUACCUCAAUCAACUUGAGACCGCUUGUCUUUUGUGUUUUUGUUGUUUUUUUUCCACCUGGUUCUCAUCGUGCUCUUUUUAUCUCUGUUUGCUCGCUUUGUGCUCCUUCGUCUCUGACUCACCAGCAAUGAGGAAGACCAGAGUUUGUAGGGUUUUUUUAAACUGUGAGUUUUGUUUUUAAAAGAGAUGGUGCUUUGAAGCAUUUUAAAUCUGUUUUUAAGGGUUUUAGGAUUUGGUUUUCUGUGUGUAUAUAUAUAUAUAUAUAUAUAUACAUACAGUACAGGCCAAAAGUUUGGACACACCUUCUCAUUCAAUGCGUUUUCUUUAUUUUCAUGACUAUUUACAUUGUAGAUUGUCACUGAAGGCAUCACAACUAUGAAUGAACACAUGUGGAGUUAUGUACUUAACAAAAAAAGGUGGAAUAACUGAAAACAUGUUAUGCGGACUCUGUAUCCGUCCGUUGUGGUGAAGAAGGAGCUGAGCCGGGAGGCAAAGCUCUCAAUUUACCAGUCGAUCUACGUUCCCAUCCUCACCUACGGUCAUGAGUAGAGAUGUCCGAUAAUAUCGGACUGCCGAUAUUAUCGGCCGAUAAAUGCUUUAAAAUGUGAUAUUGGAAAUUAUCGGUAUCGGUUUCAAAAAGUAAAAUGUAUGACUUUUUCCAACGCCCCUGUGUACACGGACGUAGGGAGAAGUACAGAGCGCCAAUAAAUGGGGCGGCAUGGCGUAGUGCAGGGAUGUCAAACGUACGGCCCGAGGGCCGGAUCAGGCCCGCGAACAGGUUUUAUCCGGCCCGCAGGAUGAGUUUGCUAAGUAUAAAAAUUAACCUGAAAUUUUUGAAUGGAAGAAACAGCUGUUCUAAAUGUGUCCAUUAGAUGUCGCAAUAGCAAUUCUUUGUAUCUUUGUAGAUGAUGCUACAUAUGUAAAAAGUAAACCACAUGAUGUGAGUACAUCAGUCGAGGAAAAUGAUCAAACUACAUAAAUAACAUCCUGUAAUUUGAUUUCGAUAUAUUAUUUUUUUUAUCUUGAUAGAUUGAAAAUUAACACCAAUGAGUUGACUGAUGAACUAUCACAUAAUUUAUUCAGAAAAUAUAAAUAACAACCAAAAAAGUAUAUAUACUAUUAACCGCAACAGGUAAUUGUAAAAAAAACAACAACAUUAUGAUUUGUACAAUUUCAGAAUGUGCUUGUUCUAUUUUUAAACAAAGAAUCUGAAGUUUUUUUUAAAAUUUUUAUGUUAUCAUGCCUUGAUUGUACCAGUCCGGCCCACUUGGGAGUAGAUUUGUCUUCAUGUGGCCCCCGAUCUAAAAUGAGUUUGACACCCCUGGCGUAGUGGGCAGAGCGCCCGUGUCAGAAACCUGAGGGUUGCAGGUUCGCUCCCCGCCUCUUACCAUGCUGUUGUGUCCUUGGGCAGGACACUUCACCCUUGCCCCCGCUGCCGCUCACACCGGUGAAUGAAUGUUGAAUGAAUGAUAGGUGGUGGUCGGAGGGGCCGUAGGCGCAAAUUGGCAGCCACGCUUCCGUCAGUCUACCCCAGGGCAGCUGUGGCUACGAAAGUAGCUUACCACCACCAGGUGUGAAUGAAUGAUGGGGUUUUAACAUGUGAAGCGACUUUGGGUACUUAGAAAAGCGCUAUAUAAAUCCCAGGUAAAAAAAAAAAAAAAUCACAAUCACAUAAUAUCUACGGCUUUUCACACACACAAGUGAAUGCAAAGCAUACUUGGUCAACAGCCAUACAGGUCACACUGAGGGUGUAUGUAUAAACAACUUUAACACUGUUACAAAUAUGCGCCACACUGUGAACCCACACCAAACAAGAAUGACAAACACAUUUCGGGAGAACAUCCGCACCGUAACACAACAUAAACACAACAGAACAAAUACCCAGAACCCCUUGCAGCACUAACUCUUCCGGUACGCUACAAUAUGCACCCCUCUAACCCCCCCACCCUCCCAACCCCGCCCACAUCAACCUCCUCAUGCUCUCUCAGGGAGAGCAUGUCCCAAAUUCCAAGCUGCUGUUUUGAGGCAUGUUAAAAAAAAGAAUGCACUUUGUGACUUCAAUAAUAAAUAUGGCAGUGCCAUGUUGGCAUUUUUUUCCAUAACUUGAGUUGAUUUAUUUUGGAAAACCUUGUUACAUUGUUUAAUGCAUCCAGCGGGGCAUCACAACAAAAUUAGGCAUAAUAAUGUGUUAAUUCCACGACUGUAUAUAUCGGUAUCGGUUGAUAUCGGAAUCUGUAUUUGCGAGUUGGACAAUAUCGGAAUAUCGGAUAUCGGCAAAAAAGCCAUUAUCGGACAUUUUUAGUCAUGAGCUUUGGGUUAUGACCGAAAGGACAAGAUCACGGGUACAAGCGACCAAAAUGGGUUUCCAGAUGGGGUGAGAAGCUCUGCCAUCCGGGAGGAGCUCAAAGUAAAGCCGCUGCUCCUCCACAUUGAGAGGAGCCAGAUGAAGUGAUUCGGACAUCUGGUCAGGAUGCCACCCGGGCACGUCCGACCGGUAGGAAAGACCCAGGACACGUUGGGAAGACUAUGUCUCCCGGCUGGCCUGGGAACACUUCGGAAUCCCCCGGGAGGAGCUGGAUGAAGUGGCUGGGGGGAGGGAAGUCUGGGCUUCCCUGCUUAGGCUUUCUUUCUUUCUUCAAAAUAGCCACCCUUUGCUCUGAUUAUUGCUUUGCACACUCUUGGCAUUCUCUCGAUGGUCUUCAAGAGGUAGUCACCUGAAAUGGUUUUCACUUCACAGGCGUGCUUGAAGCGUUUUUUUAACGUGUUUUCAGUUAUUUCACCUUUUUUUGUUAAGUACAUAACUCCACAUGUGUUCAUUCAUAGUUUUGAUGCCUUCAGUGACAAUCUACAAUGUAAAUAGUCACGUCAAAUAAAGAAAACGCAUUGAAUGAGGAGAAGGUGUGUCCAAACUUUGGGCCUGUACUGUAUAUUCAUGAUAAAAACAAAACCAUGUGACCAUGUGAUUAUUUAUUUCUGAUCAAAGUGAUUUCUAUUUAAUUCCUGGUGUUAAGCCUGUUUACUGCAAGAGUUCUAUGAUAACAGACAUUAUGUGUUGGCAUGCAUCACAAUUAUUCUCUUUGUUUAGUUUUCUUCUCACUGGUGCCAUUGUCACUGUACCCUUUUUAUUUUUUUAUUUUUUUUUUAACUCUAUCAUACAUAUAUUUACUACUAAAUUACUUUUGUAGCAUAAUGGCUUUCCACAUCAGAAUAUAUUGGAUGGUAAUGAAAUGAUUUAUUUUGUUUUCUGGAAAGUUGCUAAAAAAAAAAAAAGCACUUUUUUUUUUGUAAAAUUUUGCUUCAGAAAAUAUAUAUCACAGUUUUAUUUUACAGUAUAUGAUAUGAUGCAUGUUUAAGGAAAUUUACUUUAGCAUUAGGAGCAAUUAUGAUUCAUCACAACAGUUAAGUGCUUAUCAUUAGUGGGCACUUACUUAAUGUCUGGAAAUCGAUUUUAUCAUGUCAUUCAGUUGUGAUCAUAAGACUUACUGUACAUUUUAUCGGUGCUUGUAAGACCUUUUUUUUUUUUUUUUUUUUUACAGAAAGCACAAAGUGUUAUAUAUGCCAACAAAAAUCUUUUUAUAUACACCCAUACAAACAUGACCAGCAUUUGUAACCCACAGUUUAGCCUCAAAACCACUCCAUUCAUAACACCAUCAGUCAUUAGUUAUUAACAACCCCUGCAAAUGUUGUGUUUAAAGCAAUCAGGGGAUUUUAUUUUUACUUUCUAUCCAAAACAUCCUUUCUUGAAAGUGACGUGUCACACUUGCAUUGAUAUACCUUCCUCUUGGUGCUACAGUAACACUCAACCUAUGCUCAAAUGUGACGGUGCUCUUUAAAAACAAGUCACUACAACGAUUGAACAUUUUCGUCACCGGUAGUACAUUGGAAUGCUGUUGUGACCAACAUGCAAUCGUUUUGUUGAUAUCCUUUUAAUGUCCAGGUUAAAUGCAAAUCACGGUCCACAUCUAAUGUCUUCCACAGUCAUCUCAGCAGGAAAAUCACAAGAAAACAACUAAAUGAAUGUAAUCAUGUUUAAAAGCAGUUGAUUUAAUGAAAACCAACAAUUAUCAACACAUUUGGAUUUAUUGUAUUCAGCCCACAUGACAAAACUGUACAUAAAGUGUUGUUUUUUUAUCAACCUGAAGCUAUCACCAGCAUUGCAAAACCUGGAAAAAAAAAAAUUACUACUUCAAAUGUUGUAUAAAUAUGUAUGUGAACUAUAUGGUUUUUACUGUACUGUCUGUAGACAAUGGAUGCUCUUGCUUAUUUUGCAACUGAAUUACUGUACGUGGCUAAAAAAAAAAAAAAAAUAUUAUCCAUUUUAGACUUGAGAAGAGACUAAAUUUUGCAUUCCUUUUACGGAUGUCUGAUCUCUUUUGGGAUUGUGAAAUAAAGUCAUAUUUAUA